AUGGCAGACCAACAUGAUGUUGAUCUGGACUCCAUCAUCGACCGUCUGUUGGAGGUUCGCGGCAGCCGACCUGGCAAGCAGGUCCAGCUCUUGGAGACCGAGAUAAGAUACUUGUGCACAAAGGCUAGAGAGAUCUUCAUCAGCCAGCCCAUCCUGCUUGAGCUGGAGGCUCCUAUUAAGAUCUGCGGCGAUAUCCAUGGCCAAUACUAUGACCUUCUACGACUGUUCGAGUACGGCGGUUUCCCGCCCGAGGCCAACUACCUCUUCCUGGGCGACUACGUAGAUCGUGGCAAGCAAUCCCUCGAGACCAUCUGUCUCCUGCUGGCGUACAAGAUCAAGUACCCCGAGAACUUCUUCGUCCUGCGUGGCAACCACGAGUGCGCGUCUAUCAACCGAAUCUACGGUUUCUACGAUGAGUGCAAGCGCCGCUACAACAUCAAGCUCUGGAAGACAUUUACGGACUGCUUCAACUGCCUGCCCAUUGCUGCCAUCAUCGACGAGAAGAUCUUCACCAUGCACGGUGGUCUCAGCCCGGACCUGAACUCGAUGGAGCAGAUCCGUCGUGUCAUGCGUCCCACUGAUAUUCCCGACUGCGGUCUUCUUUGCGACCUGCUGUGGUCCGAUCCGGACAAGGACAUCACCGGGUGGUCCGAGAACGACCGUGGUGUGUCCUUCACUUUCGGUCCGGAUGUCGUGUCGCGGUUCUUGCAAAAGCACGACAUGGACCUCAUCUGCCGUGCCCAUCAAGUAGUCGAGGAUGGCUACGAGUUCUUCUCCAAGCGCCAACUCGUGACUCUGUUCAGCGCACCCAACUACUGUGGAGAGUUUGACAACGCAGGAGCAAUGAUGAGCGUCGACGAGAGUCUGCUGUGCUCGUUCCAGAUCCUCAAGCCAGCUGAGAAGAAACAAAAGUACGUCCAUGGCGGCCUCGGAGGCAGCGGUUUCGCAACUCCCAGAAAGCAAUCCAAAUCCUGA